AAAAAUCUAAAAUAAUCAUUAACAGAUACAAAACAACGAUAAUGAGUGCUAAAAUUAAUCCCGACUUACAAAAAGAACGCAAUACCGCCACAUUUGUGCCCAAGGAAUUCACAGUUUGGUGGAAGGGUGGCCAAAAGAAAUAUGAACAGUUACUACAAUUGGAGGAUAUAUUCCUUAACGAUCCCGAAUUGAAAGAUGAUCUCCCAAUUUCUUAUAUGUCACACAAGGAGCUGUACGAACAUGCCGUGCGUAAAUCUGUACGAAUUGCCGAGAAGAUUCGGGAAAUCCGCGACAGUGGCGAAGAUAAUGUUGAGGUCUAUAACGCUCUUCUAGGUGGUUCCCUUGGUACUGCUCUGCUCAAAGAAGGCAAUCCCAUGGCAUUGCAUUUUGUUAUGUUCGUGCCCACGAUUAUGGGGCAAGGUACCAUGGAUCAACAAGUUGAAUGGCUACCCAAGGCUUGGGAUUGUUCCAUUAUUGGUACAUAUGCUCAAACAGAAUUGGGUCAUGGUACAUUUUUGCGUGGCCUCGAGACACGGGCCGAUUAUGAUGAAAAGACACAGGAGUUUGUACUGAAUUCACCUACUCUAACUUCAUACAAAUGGUGGCCUGGAGGAUUGGGUCACACCGCCAAUUAUGCUGUGGUCGUGGCACAACUCUUUACGAAGGGCCAAUUCCGUGGUCUGGCACCAUUCAUUGUACAAGUACGUGACGAGGAAACCCACAUGCCAAUGCCGGGUAUCGAUAUCGGCGAAAUCGGCUCCAAAUUGAGUAUGAAAUCGGUGAAUCAAGGUUAUUUGGGUUUCAAAAAUGUACGCAUUCCCCUCAAUAAUAUGUUGAUGAAAAAUCAACAGGUCUUACCCGAUGGCACCUAUGUACCACCCAAAAAUUCCGUUCUCACUUAUGGUACAAUGAUGUUUGUACGUGUUGCCUUGGUACGUGAUGCUGCCAUGGCAUUGGCUAAGGCGUCAACAAUUGCCUGUCGUUAUUCAGCUGUACGUCGUCAGAGUCCCAUUGAUCCCAAAGAACGUGAACCACAAAUUAUGGAUCACACCACCCAGCAAUUGAAAGUAUUUCCCAUAAUUGCCAAGGCUAUUGUCUUCAAGGCAAAUGGUGAAAAUAUUUGGAAUAUGUACAACACAAUUACCGCCGAGGUGGAGAAGGGUGCCUUGGAUCGUUUGCCAGAAAUGCAUGCUUUGUCAUGUUGUCUAAAGGCUAUUGUUAGUUCAGAUGCUGCUGCCGGUGUUGAGACGUGUCGUUUGGCCUGUGGUGGUCACGGCUUUAUGGAUAGUUCUAAUUUCCCCACAUUAUAUGGUAUGGCCACAGCCGUGUGUACUUAUGAAGGUGAAAAUACUGUAAUGUUGUUGCAAACCGCUCGUUAUUUGGUUAAGGUAUAUGGUCAGGCAUUGAAUGGUGUUAAAUUGGUGCCAACCGUAGCCUAUAUUAAUGAAGCUAUUAAAACGAAAAAGUUUAAUAGCUUUGAUGGUUCUCUUGAGUCGAUUGUCCGGGCAUUCCAAUUUGUGGCAGCAAACAAGGUGCGUAUUGCCUAUGAGCGUAUGGAACAACGUCGCAAGCAAGGUUAUGGUCCAGAAGUAACUGCCAAUAUGUGUGGCAUUGAACUUACCCAAGCAGCUGAUCUCCAUGGUCGUGCUUUCUUGGCCUCUUCUGCCCUCUAUGAAUUGACCAAGCUAUCUUCACAAGUUUCCAAGGCCUUGGCUGAUGUCUUAAUGGUCAUUUUGGAAUUGUACUUAGUUGAUGCUUGCCUUAACCGCCUUGGUGAUUUCUUGAGAUUCAUUGAUCUGACCGACACGGAUGUCAGCAAUUUGGAAUUACGUUUACAAAACUGCCUUAAACGUCUCCGUCCCAAUGCCGUUGCCAUGGUUGAUGCUUUCGGUAUUCACGAUCGUAUUUUGGACUCCGCAUUGGGUGUCUACGAUGGCAAUGUAUAUGAACGGAUCUUUGAAGAAGCCAAGAAGAGUCCGUUGAAUCAGGAACCCGUCAAUCAAUCAUUCCACAAGUACUUGAAACCAUUUAUGAAGGCAAAAAUGUAA